GUCCUUUUUUUGGUUACUACCCCAAAAUGCCCUCCAUCUUCUUUUCCAAAACGCAGUGAUUUCUCUCCUCUUCAGUUCCAUCACCACCCAUCGUUACCAUCACCGCCACCAACACCGUCGCCCCCACCACUAUCAUCAUCACCAGCAUCACUGCCACUAUCCUCAUCACCAGCAACACCUCCACUAUCUUAUGCAGUCAUUACCAUCACCGCCACCACCACCAAAUCUGAUGAACCAGAUGAAAAUUCAUCCUAGAGCUUCCCAUGGAAGUUAUUCACAGGACAUAAGCACUCGACUUCCUGUAGUUCAAGUUCUACUCAUUUGCACUGACGCUUGGGGUGGAUACUUGGAUUCAUAUGGUGGCAGUUGCACCAAGCCGAGAAUGGUAUUACGUGGGCAAGGACCACAAGGGGGUUCGCCCACGCCAAUAUGUGACCAAUGUAAGAAACUUAAAGAGACAACACAUUUUGAAUGCAGCUUGGGCAGAAAAAAAAAGGUGGAUCAAAGUUGUCCGCAAAUUUGAAAUGAAAUUUUUGGCGUGGAUAGCAAAGCAUUGUAUGGAGGUCGUAAUCCAAAUUGAAUCUGAAACUGGGUUGCUGAGAGGGAGUGUUGGACGGAUAAAAUGAAAGGCUCUUACCGAGUAAAAGCUACUAUUACCACUGAAUAGAAAUUGCAGGUAUAGCUGAUAACAUCAAAUUGCAGGUAUAGCGGAUAAUGGAAACCUAGAACACCCAUCAUUUGUUGACGUGCAUCGCACGUGCAUUCUACUUGUCAUUAAUAGUAGCACUGAUUUCCUCAACAGUAGGAUUAGAUACCAAAAGAGAAUUCAUGUCUUCUGAAAUGAUAGGCUUUACAUCUUUUAGAGCCUCUUCAAUAUCAGAAUUAUUAGGGUUCGAAGAAGUAUAAAUGUUCUUGAAAUAAUGAGAAAGGAGAGUCAGAGCUUGUUCUCUGUUUUCUAACCAAUUACCUUUCUCAUCUUUGAUAGUGUGUAUAGUGUUAUACAUAUUUCUGAGUUUGACAGUAUCCAUGAAAUAAUUGAGUAUUCUUAUCAUAAUGAGUAAAA